CAGUCCCCUAAAUAUGUCAGAUUUUUUUUCAUCAAAAUCUCCCUGGGAAAUCUGUAAAAAUGUCAAACAAUGCCCUGUUUCAAAAAGAUGGCAACAGUGAAAACAAAAUCUUGGAUCCCCCUAUUUGGAUUGGCACCAAAAUGAUGAUUUUGCAUCAUAAACACAUUGAGUAUAUGAAUACGCAGAAUCUGUGGGCGAGGGACAAGAUUCGGGGGGAGGAAGCCUUCUGGUUUCCCUCUCUAGUUUGAGCAGGAUUUGGCUGUACGCAGGUAAACAGUCCGUGGGGAGAUCAAUAUGAGAUUAGCCAAAAAUAUUUGGAAGGCGAAUGAAAGGCAGUUAUUUUCUGUUCCAUAAAAUAUUGGUUGUUGCCCCCAAAGGCCAAUUUGUCCAGAUGAUAGCCGAUGGGCUCCGAGAUAGUUUUCUGCAUAAUCCUGCUGACAAACAAAAUAAGAAACAGAUCAUAAUCCCCAUGUGUGCACAUUAGAGGGCGCCACUUCAUAGCUGAGCAAAGGGCCUCUAAAUAAACAGGUGUUCAUGUGAUCUCAGCAAAAAAGAAUAAAUACACAACACCCCUUAGUUGCUCCUAAUCAUUUUUGCACAGUCCCUUCAAAAAUAUUGAUUAUUUGGAUUUAAGGUAAAAUUUUUAGUUGUAUCAACAAAUCAAGCUAAUUUAUUACUUCAACAAAAGUGUCCAUGAUGACUUGAAAUCUGUAGUUUGUGUUUACUACAAAACAAGACACUAACUUUCCAAAACUUGAAAUUAAAGUUGGACAAACACUGGCAUUUUCGAUUUUGAAAUGAAACUGAAAUACAAGUACAAAGUGAAUUUGUGCUGCACUAACAAGGCAUCAGACUCUACCUGAGGUCAGGCUCAGAUGUCCUUGAAAGCACAGGCCUCUGAUCACAUGUUAACUCGCAGGACCAAAGGUCUUUUAUGAGUUAACGCUGGAAUUUGCUCCUGUGCUCAGUCAGUCAGAGGCAGGCGGACCGUGUACCACCACUGCAGCUCUUCCCCUCCUCACUAAAACCUCCGCUCUGGUCUUAGAAACAACAUUUAAACAAACCCAAUCAUGGAGAACACAGUGGCUGAGGGACAUGUGCAUGAGGAGCGUCGGGAUGGAGCAGACAGUCCUGACUCGGAGACCAAGUCUGAGGGCUCAGGUGAGGCGAAGGCGCAGCUGCUCAGCGCGGUGCAGGUCCACGCCCCUGCCGAGGGAGAGAGCUGCUCCUCGGACUACCUGGAGAUCAGGGACGGGGACAGACACAGCAGCUCGUCCUCUUCAUCCAGCGACGACGAGGAUGAGGGGAAAGACAAGGGAGCUGCAGAGCCAAAGGUGGUGGAGGUGACGGUGGAGCCGACGGUGGAGCCGGAGGUGGCGGUGACGGUGGAGCCAAAGGUGGAGCCGGAGGUGGCGGUGACGAUGGAGCCGACGGUGGAGCCGGAGGUGGCGGUGACGAUGGAGCCGGCAGUGGAGCCGGAGGUGGCGGUGACGAUGGAGCCGGCAGUGGAGCCGGAGGUGGCGGUGACGAUGGGCCGGCCGACGGUGGCGGUGGAGCCGGAGGUGACGGUGGUGGAGCAGGUGAACGGCGAGGCGCACGACGCGUCAAGGCGCUCAUCGGCCUCUUCCUCGGCCUCCUCGGCCUCCUCCGCCUCCCCCGGAGACCCGUGCGAGGACCCGCCGAUCCAACCGAAGACUGAGGAGAAGGAUACCGCAGAGGACGGGAUGCUGAUGGCCUACACCCACCCCGACACCGACACCAAGCCGGAGGAGUCCGUCGACUACAGCCUGAAAACCCUGGAGAGCGUCAGCCUGGAUGAGAGCAGCGCGGCCCCGGCUGACCCCGGCCAGCCGGACAUCGCUCUGUUCGUCAGGGCCGGCAAUGAUGGAGAGAGCAUCGGAAACUGUCCCUUCUCCCAGCGCCUCUUCAUGAUCCUCUGGCUCAAAGGAGUCGUGUUCAACGUCACUACCGUCGACCUCAAGAGGAAGCCGGCAGAUCUGCACAACCUGGCCCCGGGGACGCACCCUCCCUUCCUGACCUUCAACGGGGAGGUCAAGACCGAUAUCAACAAGAUCGAGGAGUUUCUGGAGGAAAUGCUCAGUCCCCCAAAGUAUCCCAAACUGGCCGCCAAGCAGAGAGAGUCCAACACAGCUGGAAAUGACAUCUUUGCCAAGUUCUCAGCCUACAUCAAGAACACCAAACUGGAGGCCAAUGCUGUUCUAGAGAAGGGUUUGUCCAGGGCCCUGAAGAAGCUGGACGACUACCUGAACAGCCCCCUGCCAGAUGAGAUCGAUGCAGACAGCAUGGAGGAGGAGAAGGGCUCCAGCCGGUGCUUCCUGGACGGGAACGAGCUCACUCUGGCAGAUUGCAACCUGCUGCCUAAACUGCACAUAGUCAAGGUCGUCGCUAAGAAGUACCGCAACUACGACAUCCCCUCAGACAUGACGGGCGUGUGGCGGUAUCUGAAGAACGCCUACUCGCACGACGAGUUCACCAACACCUGCGCCGCUGACGCUGAGAUCGAGACGGCCUACAAAGACGUGGCGAGGAGACUGGCCAAGUAACUCGCCAAUCGAGCCCGAGCGAAAACAAACUACCAAGCACAACACACCAAAAAAUACCACUUUCAAAUACACGUGACUGUCCUUUACUUCAGCGACAUUUAUCUAAGUAGCUGUGUUUUCUGUCCGUGAUAGUGAGCAGAUGUUACAGAUGUCUUUAGCAGGUCCGGAUGUGAUGGAUGCAAACGCAGGAACAGACACUACAAAUCGGAAAUGGAGCAGAAUAUCUAAAUCUACGACUUCAAUUCACAAGUUUUCAAACCGGAUUGAGAUUUUGCUGCCGUGAAACUUCUGACAUAACGUGAUCAUGUCUGUCCGCGUUCAUAACACAAGGCUCUCUUUCAUACGUACUCCGUCGCUGGUCCACGCGGCCAAACGUUUUACUAGCUGCUGAUGUCAGGCUCGUUCGCUUUAUUUAUUCCUAAACCCACAGACGACUAGUCAGUGUUUAUUGUCACGUUCUGGCUCCUGUGUAGACACCUUUUAAAUUAACGUUAUGAUUCAUGCUCUUAAUCGUUUGCUGAAUAUGACUGUUGCGAUCUGCAGAUUCUCUCUGACUGUCUCACAUCACUCUGGGUGUUUAUGCUCAUAAAUUCACUCCUGCUUCCAAGAGGUUGGUUUUUUAAGAAGGAUUGAUUUGAAAAAUAAGGGAGCAAAUAGAAAAAAACCAAUCUGCUCUGUUUUUCUGAAUCAAGGAGAACAUUUUCUGUUUUCAAGAAGGAAAAUGGAGCCGCAUGAUUUCAAGUUUCAAAAGUCUUCUUCAACGCUGUCUGUCUUUUGAGAUGUCUUGUUAAUUCCUCAAAAACAGAGCAGAAUUUUGUCCUCAUUAAAACAGAAAAUUAUCUUGUUAAUCCAUUUUAAUCUUGUGAAAAUGGAAAAUGUUCUUGUUAAUUAACUUACAAAAAUGCUCGAUGACACUAGUACAAUCGAAGAAGAACUUGCUGAUGAGAGCGUCCGUAACAAAAAAAAAGCUUGUUUCCGAAUUGCUUGCGCGAAUCUGUUUUAUUAAAUUGUAAUAGUUUUAACCUGAUCUUUAUAAGAUAUGAAAAAUCGUCAACUAUGUGCCUUUAUUUGGAAGUAUCGAAAGUCCACGCCAACGUCACUGAUGGACUCAUUCUGACAAAAGAAAAACUGUAUCGCAGCCGGAGCCGAGAGGUUUGGUUUUGCCUCGAGCUGUUAGUGUUGGGUCUAAGGUAUUGAUUCCGUCUCCAGUUACAGAUGACAUUAUGAAUGGAGAGUGUAUUUAUUCAGCAGCCCCAAUCAGGCCUGAUUAGCUGGAGAGCCAUUAGCGCAGCGAUGAAAAGCAUCUCCCAGGCCAGGUCCACCGUGGUCAGGAGCCCUGCCCUCCAGCUCCUCAUCACACAGACACGUUUCCUCUGCUCGUAGGGGAGUCCAUCAACUUCCACAGCCCAAGAGUUCAAGUUCAAAAGUUUCAUUAGGAGCAGGACGGAUUGUCAGAGGAGGAUGGAAAUUUGUUUUUCGGGGGCUUAUCGUCUUUGGCGUGGUGUCAGGCUGCAACUACAGCGAGACUUCCUUGAAGAACCAUAAGGCUCUUGUGUGGUUUGGACAAACAUAUGAAAUGAAAUUGGAGCAUGAUGACUGAGGGGCUUGCUCAUUGCGAAGCUCCACAAAUAAAAUAAUAUUUUCACA